UUAGCUGUAUCGUGCAUAGCUGCAAAACGAACUGUAAAAUAAUUACAGUUAUGUUUUAAUUUUUGCGUAAAGAUAUAAAGUAUAUAUAGGAUGUUCAAUAUAACUUCGCUUGAAAAGUUCUUAGAACUCCUUAGUCUUCCAACUAAUCAUUAGAUAGGAAGUGUUCAUGAUAAACAUGUCCAUUAAAAUGAGAAUAUAAUUGUGCAAAAGACUGGUUUCGUUCUCUCUCUAUCUCUCUCUCUUUCUAUUGCGUUAAUGAUAAUGAUUUUGUUCGAGUUACGGUGAGUAUUUAUAAUAAUUUAUGAGAUUUGUGAAGACAUGAUGUUCAAUUUGACAUUCAAGUCAAAUUAGACGCGCUGUAGUGUGAAUGUGUACAGUAAAUUUCGUGUAAAAGCUUUUCAUAUUUCCUUAGACUGUUUAAUUACUUUGAAAAUGUCCAGUAGUAAGUAUAUGCCAACCUGGUAGGUAUUUAAAGUUUUGAUGCACGUAAGCAUCACAAAUACACACACACACACAUCUUAGAUAAUUCAAUAACAGGUCGUAAUUAUGUGAGUGAGUCAAUAAGUUCGCCGACGCGUGUAGCUUAGUGUGUUUCCCAGCGGAACUAGUAUGAUAAUGACUGCCUCCUUGAUAAUAUGCUCGGCAAUCGACAUUUCGUUUAUCUCCUUAAUCGAGUUCGCAUCUCUUCGAAAAAAAAAAGCACAGAUUAUUGAGGAAAAAUAUACGAGAACCCAUAAUAAACUCGUCGGCAUAUUGAACAAAAUAACUGGAUUGACGCUCGGACCGACUCGACGUUUGCCAGUGCCGUGAUAAAUCUAUUAUAUUAAUGUUGUUAAACAACGUCAAAUUAAAUGUGUGUUUUCAAGUUGGGGCUCACAAAGGAACGUAGAAGAAAUUGUUAUAGAUACAUCGGUGUGUGCGAAUGGUUUGGCGCAGUAGGAAAUAAAGAAUAAAAAAUCAUGCUGCAGACGUUUUUUUUAGUCGUCACAUCGAUCCUGCAAAUACAAAGUUUAGAAUUUGGAGAGAGUUGUUUUGCAAAUGAUGAACCGGGAACGUGUAUCGCCCUCUCAGAAUGCAAGCCAGUUUUAUCAUACAUCGAAAAGUUUGGAAAUCAAAUCCCUAAUAAUUUGCUACAGAAGUUUCAAGAUCUGACGUGCGGCUAUGACCACAGCGAUCCCCUGGUUUGCUGCACUACAUCCCAACACAUAGCUGGAUACUUUAACAAUUUUGGUAAUCAAAAUGGCGGGACUAGCGUACCGAAACGACCGAAGCCCGUUCCUACUAGUAACAGCGGUAAUUGGGGCAGUCAACCAAGCAAGGAACAAACAACAAGCAACCGACCGACUACUGCUGAUACUGAUAUUAAUAAGAGCGGCCGUGAUGACGACUUUCCGGACAUUCGUCAGAACCCUAACUUGAGUUUACUAUCAAGUAAUUGUGGAACGAUAGAAAGCGAUAGAAUAUUCGGAGGGAAUCGUACCCGACUGUUCGAGAUGCCGUGGAUGGUGCUUCUUUCCUACGAUUCAGAUCGUGGAACAAAACUGAAUUGCGGAGGAACACUUAUAAACGAAUGGUAUGUUUUAACGGCCGCGCAUUGUGUAUCGUUCUUAGGAAAUAGAUUAACAUUAAAACACGUUAUCCUGGGAGAAUAUGACACAAGGCAAGAUCCUGACUGCGAAAGAUCGGAAGGAAAGGAAUAUUGCGCGGCUGGUAUAAUCACGGCAGAAUUCGACGAAGUAAUUCCUCAUACAGGCUACACACCACAAACAUUAAUCGAUGAUAUAGCAUUAAUCAGACUGAAAGAGCCUGCCGACUUUGAUUUAGAUAAUAUUAAAGCGAUUUGCUUACCGAUUACUCCUGAACUGCAAAGGGAGCCUCUUGUCGAUAACUUUGGCGUGGUAGCAGGUUGGGGAGUGACAGAAGAAGGACUACAAUCUCCUGUUUUGCUUAGUGUACAGCUGCCAAUUCUCAGCAAAGAAAAAUGUUUGCAAGACUAUUCCCAAUAUUCCUUGAAAAUCAACGACAAGCAACUCUGCGCCGGCGGUUUGCACGAUAAGGAUUCAUGCGCCGGGGAUUCUGGUGGCCCUUUGCUGUAUCCAGGGAAAGUUGGCUCAACUGGCGUCCGAUAUGUUCAGAGAGGCAUAGUCUCGUUUGGGUCGAAGCGGUGUGGUAUCAGCCUGCCGGGAGUGUACACGAAUGUUGCAUACUACAUGGAUUGGAUCUUGAAUAAUAUUAGAAGUUGACGCGUUGUAUUUAAGGAAACUAGUCUUAUAUUAAACUUUUCAUAAAUGUCAAAAUCGAUUUGUACUAUCAUGUAGUCAAGCCUGUUCUGCCAUAAAUUAUCAAGUGAAUGACGUAACGAGUGUAUUUUUUUAUUGGUAGCCAUUGAAAAUAUGUAUGUAGUGUUUUUAAGAUGUAUGGAAUGUUUUUGAUGAUACAUUAGAUCGCGUUGGUCGUGUUGUUUGAUUAUUAUAUUACAGUUGAAACUCAUCUAAUUUUGCUUUAAUUUUUUAUUUGUAUUUUUUUUAUUUUUGUAUCAUUUUUAUUUAUACUAUUAUAUUUUGGUGCUAUUAUAACUUGUGUGAAAGAUA